AUGGCAAAAUGGAUUCGGGCAAUUUUAGCGUCCGCUAGAUCUUCGGUGUUAAUAAUUAGAUCCCCUUCGUUUGAGUUCCAAUUAUCUCGCGGGAUUAGACAAGGAGAUCCUAUCUCUCCCUUUCUAUUUCUCAUCGGGAUGGAAGCAUUUUCGGUUAUGAUGGAAAGAGCGGCGGAUGAAGGAGAUUCGGAUGAGGAUGUUAAGAUGACGGCUAAAGAGAUCGGCUGUCAAAAUGGGAAAAUUCCAUGUAUAUACCUUGGGUUAAUGAUUGGAGCCAACAUGAAUAAAAUCGCCCAUUGGCAACCGGUUAUGGAAGUGUUCAAAAAAAGAUUGGCUAUAUGGAAAAAAUCUACACUUUUGGAAGGGGGCCGUCUUACUCUUAUCAAGCCCUGUGACAUGGAAGUGGAGAUGGAAAACACAAAGUUUUAA